AUGGAGAGAAAAACCUCGUUGCCCUUGGCACCGCCGUUUAUGGUCUCUGCGCCAGGAAAAGUCAUUCUCUUUGGCGAACAUGCUGCUGUCUAUGGCAAGCCUACCAUUGCUGCGGCCAUCUCGCUCAGAUCAUACCUCCUGGUCACGACGCUGUCCAAGUCUCAACGCAUUGUUACGCUGAAUUUUAGCGAUAUUGGCUUAAAUCACACUUGGGAAAUAGACACCCUGCCAUGGGUUACAUUUCAGUCAAGGAAUACGUCCUUUUAUACGAUUGUCGAGUCCCUUGAUCCGGAAUUGCUCAAUGCCGUUCAACCGCAUGCUGAGCUGGUGUCCAAACACCUUCCAGAGAAGCAGCGGAAAAUGCAUACGAGGUCCGCCACCGCUUUUCUCUACCUCUAUCUCUCGUUAGGGUCGCCCCUCACUGCUGGAUUCAUCUACACUCUUCGAUCGACAAUCCCAAUUGGCGCAGGGUUAGGGAGCAGCGCGAGCGUUUGUGUCUGUCUAAGUGCUGCCUUGCUUAUUCAAAAUCGAACACUGGCUGGACCACAUCCCGACCAGCCCCCUGAGGAGGCAAAGGUUCAACUUGACCGUAUCAAUCGAUGGGCCUAUGUAGCCGAGAUGUGCAUACAUGGUGACCCUAGCGGAGUGGAUAAUGCGGUCUCUACUGGCGGCAAGGCUGUCGUCUUCCAAAGAAGUUCUGGGCCAUCAGUUGUGACUCCAAUCGCCAAUUUCCCCAAAUUGAGGCUCCUGCUCAUCGAUACGCAGCAGUCUCGGUCAACGGCAAUGCAGGUAGCCAAGGUCAAAGCUUUGAAACAAAGACAUCCUCUUAUGACGGAGCAUAUCCUGGAUGGAAUUGGCCGACUGACAACCUCGGCGCUGGAGCUUAUCUCGUCCGCUGAUUUUAAAGGUAAUGCCGUUUCUCCCCACGACGUGCCCAGUGCUCUCGAAUGUUUGGGAGAUCUAAUCAGCAUGAACCACGGCUUCCUGGUUUCGCUGGGGGUAUCGCAUCCUCGACUAGAGCGUAUCCGCGAGCUGGUGGACUAUGCGGAUAUUGGCUGGACGAAACUUACGGGUGCGGGAGGUGGUGGAUGUGCUAUUACCAUCUUUCGACCAGGGGUUGAAGCUGAAGUAAUUGAUGAAUUAGGGGACAAGUUAGCCGACGAGGGGUUUAAGAAAUAUGAGACCAUCUUGGGUGCUGACGGCGUUGCAGUGCUCUCGCCUGCCGUAUUUCGAAACAGCACCGUGGGAGCGUGUGAAGAGAUUAAUCAGGACAAAUUUGAAAAGGCUGUUGGAGCUGAAGGCAUUGAAAGACUGGUCGGCGUUGGCGUCCGUGAGGACCGAGAAGGGUGGAAGUUUUGGACCAGAGCGAGUGCUUGA